GCCCCUGCUCGCUCCCUUCCCCGCUCACCGAGCUGGGGAACAACCGAAAUGAACCUCAACUUCACCUCUCCCGUGCACCCCGUCUCGGCUCCCAGGCCCACCUCCUUCUUCAUCGAGGAUAUUCUGCUGCACAAGCCCAAACCCUUGCGGGAGGUGCAUCCCGAGCACUUCCCCGGCUCCUUGGCCUCCCGCGUCCCCCUUUUGGACUAUGGGUACCCCCUGCUGCCUGCCCCGACCCUCCUGGCUCCUCACCAGCACCCUGCCCUGCACAAGCCGGACCAUCAUCAUCACCAUCCCUACUUCCUCACCACCUCGGGGGUGCCGGUGCCAGCCCUGUUCCCGCACCACGCUCACGCCGAGCUGCCCGGGAAGCACUGUCGCCGCCGCAAAGCCCGCACCGUCUUCUCCGACUCGCAGCUCUCCGGCUUGGAGAAGAGGUUUGAGAUCCAGCGCUACCUUUCCACGCCCGAGAGGGUGGAACUGGCCACGGCCCUCAGCCUCUCCGAGACCCAGGUCAAAACCUGGUUCCAGAACCGACGGAUGAAGCACAAAAAGCAGCUGCGGAAAACCCAGGACGACCCCAAACAGGCAGGGGGGGAGGAGAGCCGGGAGCAGAGCUCCCCCGAGCCCGAGCUGCCCGAGCCUGUCACCGCAGAGCCCCGCAAGGGUCCCCCCGGCCCCUUCCUGCUCCAGGACCCCGAGGACGAGGUGGACAUCCUGGAGGAGGGGGAUCUGUGCUCCGGCCCCCACCACCUCUAA